GCGGCCUGGAGACGGUCGGAGGAUCAGUGUGCCGUUGACCGUCGUGGCGGGAGGGUGUGUCGCUCCGCCCUUCAGCACCGCUCUCUUUCUCGACCCACACGAUUAACCCAAAGCCUCCCCUAGUAAACAUUAUCCAAGCCAGAGAGGUCCAAUUAGUGAGAUUAACGCAGGAUAUUAAAGUUUUAAUCCUUGUUUUUGGAAAUAUUAAUGUACAUCGCCCAAAGUUUGUGAGAAGUUGAAAAGGAAAAUGAUCGGGAGGAACUAACACAUGGUUUGAAAACGAAGAGAAGAAAGAUGAAGGAAAGGCUGUAAGGUGCUACUGGUGAACGAAAGACUUAAUAAACACAAGAAAGGGAAAUAUUGAAAAACUCACUUCAAAUUUGUAUGACAAAAAAUAAAUAAAUAAAAAAACUCGCGGAACAUCUACAGAAAAUUAACUCAACUUAUAAACAAGAACAAAAAUAUGAAAUAACAAUUUUUUUUUCAUUUAAAACCACAAAAAGAAAAUUCAAUCCCCCUAAACUUACGGAACAAUAACGAAACUUUUAAACCACUGAACACAAACCCUCACAAAAAUACCGAGGAAGGAGAGGGAAACAAGCACAACAGGUGGAGGUGCCCUACAAGAAUGGCCUUUCCCCUCACCGUGUCUCUCGCCCACGUGCUGCUCACAGGCGUGGGUCUGGCGGAGGGGUGGUGGGGUCAGCCGCCGGAGUUUGGAGUGACAGACAGCAAGGUGACGGUGCAGCAGGGAAGCACCGCCAAGCUGCCCUGCGUCGUUUAUCACCUCAAUGACAAAUCAGUGACGUGGCUAAGGCGGCGCGACCUCCACAUACUCACAGUCGGUCACCACACCUACUCUGCUGACCAACGCUUCCAGGCGGUUCAUGCGGAGGGCAGCAACGAGUGGACGUUGGUGGUGCGGUACGCUCAGGUGCGCGACUCAGGUGUUUACGAGUGUCAGGUGAACACGGAACAGAAGAUGUCACGCCCUGUAACCCUACAUGUGCACGAUCCUCAUCGCGUAGUGACUCAAACCAAGGUAUUCGUCGCAAACAACACAGCCUCUACUAAAGACGGCAAGCUUCGGGUGGAGAUCCUUGGGCCCCGCGAGAGAUACAUCGAGGAAGGCUCUUCCCUCACUCUCACCUGCCUCGUCACCUCGGCACUCAAGCCCUCCACCCUCGUGUAUUGGUACCACGACACCAGCCUCAUUGACUACAACUCCCCUAGAGGCGGCGUCAAUCUCAAGAUCGAUCGCAGGAAAGGAGAGACUACAGCUAGUCUGGUGGUGUCUGCAGUGGGGCCCGGCGAUUCUGGCAUGUACUCUUGUGUUCCUCAAGGCUCGCACCCGGCCACUGUGCUUGUUCACGUGCAGAGAGGAGAACACAAAGCGGCAAUUCAGCAAGGAGGACUCGGAGAAACAUCCUCUUCCUCAUCUUCCUCCUCCUCCUCCUCCUCCUCCUCCUCUUCUUCCUCCGCUUCCUCUUCCUCCUCCUCCUCAUCAUCAUCUUCCUCCUCCCCUCCCCUCACCGCCUCGCCCUCUCAUUUCCUACUCGCUCUCUUUCUCACAUUUCUCUCUUUAAACCUCUCACUAUUUAAUCCAGUCAUUCUCUCACUCCUCUCUCUCACUUUCCUCUCACUUUCUCUUUUAAGUCACGUGCUUUAUUACUUUUCCUCCUUGUCUUUGUUUUGUUCCUCCACUUCUAUCUUUCUCCUCUUACUUUUUCUCAGUACAUCGUCAAAAUUUUGUUCUCUCCUCCAUUUCUUCCUCUUAAUACUUAAAUAUCAUUCUUCCUUCCUCUCUUCCCUCCCUCCUUCCUCCAUUCCUUCCUUCCUUCCUUCCUUCCUUCAUCUUUCUUCCUCUCCUCUUCCUUUUCCUCCUGCUUCUUUUGCCUUCAUGACUAUUUUUGAAAGUGGUGUCGAGCAAAAAAAGUGAAAAUGGAGAAAAAUAAUGUUAUGUAUAUAUUUUUUUCUUAACUCAUACACACACACACACACACACACACACACACACACACACA